GAUGCCGCGCGACAAAGGCUCAGUGCAUAUUUCCUCGGGCCAAAAGCAGAGAACCUUGACUACAUGCUCAAGUUCUUACAUGCCAUGAUAGAAGAUAUGCGACGAAGCCGCAUGCGCUUUGGCCCCUCUGACAAGGUUUCCAUAGAUUCCAGCACGCGUGCCUCUGAGCCCUUCGAGAACGCAAUGGUGGAAUUUGAGGCAUUGUUCCGUCGAAUAUCCGUUUUUAUCUCGGAGCAUAGUGUUCCUAUAUACUCGCCCAGAUAUAUGGCACAUAUGGUGUCAGAAAAUUCUUUGCCAGGAACGCUCGGAUACAUGCUUGGCCUGCUUUACAACCAAAACAACGUUGCGCUAGAGGUGUCGCCAGUCACAACCUUGCUUGAGUGGGAAGUAGGGCAGCAAUUGUGCGCUCUUAUGGGAUUUAGGCGUCAUCCACGGAGAGCCGAAGAUGACAGCUCGCCGGACAAUGCUAAUGAGCCUUAUGGUUGGGGGCACAUUACAUGCGACGGUUCGGUGGCGAACCUAGAGUCCAUCUGGUACCUGACUCGGAACCUCAAAUUCUACCCGCUUUCCUUGCGAAACGCCAUGACUAAACCGAGGAUAAAGGCGCAUGAUGAUCAAGAAGUGGAGAUGCCUCCACCACUUGCCUUUGCCUACGGUACCUUUCAGGUCUGCACGUGCACAGGCCAGACCAAAUUAUUCAAAGACUGCACCAUAUGGGAGCUUUUGAACCUCACUCCUGACACGGUGUUGGGUCUGCCAAUCCAGCUCAGUUGUCAAUUCGGCGUGUCUUCUGCGUUUGUAGAGGAAGCAAUGCAGGACUACGACGUGCAGUCCGUCGGGAAAGACGAGCUCGUGCACCAGCACGGCUUAAGUCAACCAGUUUAUUUUAUCUCCAAGGCUCGCCAUUAUUCUUGGCCAAAGGGUGCAGCCGUGACUGGUAUCGGAUCCAGUAACCUCAUCGGCGUUAAAGUAGAUCUAGCCAUCCGCCUUGACGUUGCGGACCUGCGGCGUAGACUGGACGACUGCCUCACUGGACAGAUACCGGUGUAUUGCGUAGUUGCUAUAAUCGGCACUACCGAGCACGGCGCAGUGGACCCUCUAUCCGAGAUAGUCCAACUGAGACAGGAGUUUCAGCGGAAGGGCUUAUCAUUCUUGAUCCAUGCCGAUGCUGCUUGGGGAGGCUAUUUUGCGACAUUGAAGAGGCCUGCAGCCCAGGGGGUGGGCCUUUCACACAGACAUCUACCCAUUCCGCUCCAUAAUCAUACGAACCAGCAGCUAUGCGCACUGAAGUUCGCUGACUCUAUCACAGUCGACCCGCAUAAAGCGGGAUAUGUACCGUAUCCUGCCGGUGGCCUAUGCUACCGGGACGAGCGACUUAAAUUCCUCGUAAGUUGGACCAGUCCCUACCUUGACGGUCAACAGAACGCCGUGGACCGCAUGGGUACGUAUGGCAUAGAAGGAAGCAAACCCGGGGCUGCCGCGGUUGCCGCUUUCCUCAGUCACGAAGUUCUUGGUCUUAACGCUAAGGAUAGUGGGUACCAGACUCUGCUCAGCGAGGCCCUUUACACAUCUGCGAAGCUGCACUGCCACUGGGCGACCAUAGACACUGGGGUCGAUGGGAUCAUAACGACGUCUCUGCAGAUGUUGCCUGCGGAGAAAGACGGGAGUGACGUCGAAGCUCAAAAGGACUUCAUUCGGUUGAAGAUUCUCGGUCGAGCCGACUCCGAUAUCCUUCAGGAUAAAGAAGCUCAUGAAUUUCUCAGCCACGUUGGCUCCGACCUCAUGAUUAACACUUUCGCUUGCAACUUCCGCGUCGGAAAUGUUCUAAACGAGGAUCUGGAGGAGGCUAAUUACCUGAAUAGACGUAUCUUCGAAGAGAUGUCUAUAAUGAAGGUAACGGACGAGCCAUCUGACAAGGAAGCCAUUAUCAUGGCCACAAGUCUUCCUCAAGAUACAUAUGGCGACUGCGCCUCAGUCUGGAAAAGAAGGAUGGGUUUGAAGGGAAACGAAGACCUCUAUGCCUUGGGAAACAUCUGCAUGUCCCCGUUCUCCAACGCGAGCAACAUAGUGACUGAAGCUGUUCGCUACUUCAACGAGGUCGCCCUAAGAGACUGCCGAUGGAGAAGCAUGGUCACUCCUGACGUUCACUCCUUCCUUCUCCAAGGCAUUGAUCCCAUUUAUCUGUCGUAUUUGCCCACUCUUCAGGCCGCAAACGGUCGAAAUCAGAUUAUCCUACAAGUGCACAUGCCUUCCGCGGCGACCAAUCGAUACCUUGAGGCGAGAAGCCAGCCAUCAGCACAAUUCUUCACUAUAACAACAGCCGAAUCGUUGACGCUGGACAGCAUCGCAUGCGAUGGUGCAUCGUUCCAAGCUGUCAUGCAUGCCGGCCAUCCAGAACCAGACCAUAAACAGGCCUGUGGGUGUCGCAGUUUCACUGUCUCUGUCCUACGCGUCGUGCGAUGUUUCUCUAUAGCGAAGAAAUGUCCCGCUCAGGAUUACCCCCUUGGCAUCCCAUUCUUUCUGUACGGGUGCCACGCAGCAGCUCAUCUCGAGCAUAUCCUGACCCACGCACCGGAUGCCCACAUUUGUGCUAGCGAAGUCCAGUUACACUUUGGCGACAGGCAAUCGGUCGUCGAGGAGGGGCUUGAAGCAGGUUGGGUUGCUGUUAUGGAACAUCUCCCGGAGCCCGUGAUACGACAACCUGGUUGCACUUGGCCACCAGCCUUAUUCUACCCUGAUACACAGCCUAGAAAAUUCAAAAUCGCCGUGCACGAGGACAACACCAGGAAUUAUUGCUCGCCUCUUCAGGCCUCUUGUGCACUAGGAGAUAAGAUCGCGGAAGGCAGCAUUACUUUGGGUCGUCGUGUUUAUGUCGACAAUCAUUUCCUAAACGUGGACCCUAUCGAU